AUCAUGUUACGACGCAUAUUUAGUGUUAUUUGCUCGAAGGAUUAUUACGAUAUCGAUGGAAAGCGAUAUUAUGUACGUGAGCUUAUCGGUCAAGGUGGUUUCAGCACAGUUGACCUAGUAAGCGAAUCCACUAGUGAUCGCCUUUAUGCUUUGAAAAAAAUUCGUUGCCACAGUGCUGAAGAUGAACAAGCUGCUGAACAAGAAAUCAGAUACCACAAACAGAUAAACCAUCCUUCUGUUAUUGAAUGUCUUGCUUUCAAAACAGUUGGUGCUGCUAAUAUUUCCAGCAAUCAAACCAGUUUAGUUCUGCUCCUUUUACCAUUUUACAAGUUUGGCUCUUUGCAAAAAUUACUGGAGAAGAGACAAGCAAGGCAAGAACCAUUGCCUAAUAAGCUUAUUCUUAGUUAUUUUCAACAAAUAUGUGAAGGAUUAGCCGCCAUCCACCUAAUUGGAGCGGCACAUCGUGAUUUGAAACCAGCAAAUAUUUUACUUGCUCCCAACGACCGAGUGGUCAUAAUGGAUCUUGGUUCUGCUGCUCCAGCUCGUUUGGAGAUAACCAGCUACAAUGCUGCCCAGAGACUCCAGGAUGAUGCAGGGGAACGGUGCUCCAUGACCUACCGUGCUCCGGAAUUGUUCAACGUCCAGAAUCCAACCACGAUCGAUGAACGCACUGAUAUUUGGUCUUUGGGGUGCCUACUAUAUGCUCUUUGCUAUUACAAGUCACCCUACGACGAGGUUUUCGAACGGGGUGAUAGCGUUGCCUUAGCAGUAUCCAGUGGCACGAAUCAUUUUUCUCAUUCCACUAGCUCUGGAGUCAGUCCAUCGUUCAAUGACUUAAUUUCCACUAUGCUCGUAGUCGAUCCCAAAGAGAGACCCUUCAUUGCCGACGUUCUCCAAUCAAUUAACGCUCUGAAGGUCUGCUGUAAUCUCUGAAAUUCUAAAUCUAUUGAAAUAAACAAAAAGAAAAUUUGUUUCCAACA